AUGCUGGGAGAAGUCCCCACGGUGCCUCCGCAGCUCUCCGGCGCCUUCGGCACCAUCAUGUCCUGGGCCGACGAGUUCCGCUCCAUGCAGGUUCGGGCCAACGCCGAAACACCCGCAGACGCGCGCCAGGCAAAGGAGUUUGGGUGCGAAGGCAUCGGCUUGGUGCGCACGGAGCACAUGUUCUUCGAAGGCGGCCGGAUCGUGGCCAUGCGGCAGAUGAUCUUGGCAUCGGACAAGACGGACCGGCAGGCAGCUUUGGACAAGCUUCUGGCUAUGCAGCGAGAAGACAUCACGGAACUUUUCCGGAUCAUGGACGGCCUGCCCGUGACGGUCCGUCUGCUGGACCCUCCCUUGCAUGAGUUCAUCCCGCACACGGAAGCUGAGAUGGGCUUGGUGGCAAAGGCCGCCGGUGUGCCUUUGGAUCGUGUGCGCCGCCGGGCCAGUGAGCUGCAAGAGGCCAAUCCCAUGCUUGGCCACCGAGGUUGCCGUCUGGCCAUUACAUAUCCAGAAAUCUGUGAGAUGCAGGCUCGGGCCAUCUUCGAGGCAGCAGCAGAGGUCGGCCGCAGCGCCAAGAAGACACCGGUGGCUGAGGUCAUGGUACCUUUGGUGUCCACCUUGGAGGAGCUGGUUCAGCUGAAGAAGGUGAUCGAAGCAACGGCCCAGCAGGUUCAGAAGGAGCAGGGCGUGAAUUUCACAUACCGCGUUGGAACUAUGGUGCGAGCUUUCCAAAAGGAGUCCUUCUAUGUCCUCCUUGUAAG